AUCAUGUUGAGACACCUCCUUGUCUUUGUCUGUUCCAGCUGGCUCUCCGAAGCUGCACCAAACACCGAAUAUAAGCUUAUAAAUGGAAGUGGGAUAUUUUAGGAGCACUCCAGAGGAUUUUCACAAAGGUUACUAUCAAAAUGCCCUAAAGAAACCGUCUGGAGAGAUGGACUCUCCUGAGUUUUCCACACUGUCGUCACUGAGGGGAGAGUUUAAAUCGGAGGAAUACAUCCAGCCUCAUUAUAAGGAGUCGUAUCGCCUGGCUAUCGAUCACCUGGUGCAAGACGGCAAAGACAGUUACCAUGAGUUCCUCAAGGGAGAACGUAUGGGGACUUUCCUGUCAGAAGAUGAGCUUCUCUUCAUUGCUGCUAAUGUUAAACAUCUUCCACCUCAAAACCACACAGAAGAAAUCCCCGGUCCACCAGUCACCGUCAAGGACGACCAGUCAUCCUCGGGGACGUACUGGCCCAUCCACUCAGAUGUGGAAACCCCAAAUUUGGACUUGGGGUGGCCAGAGGCUGCACAUGAAAACCUCCAUACAAGUAUUAAUCUGCUGUUCCACCCACCCAGGCUUAACAACCCGAGCAUAAAGGAGGUGAUUCGAAAGCAAAUUCAGGAUGCAAGAAAG